AUGCCAAACAUAUAUGCGCUGACUGUGUUUGGCGUGGUAUCAGCUCUCGGAUAUGUCCUGAACCGGCAACAGAAGCCUGACCUCAACGAGCCUCCUAACAGUCGACAGGACGCAUGGCAAGCGCAUGAAAAGGUCGUUGCAGCAUUAGUGAAAUACUACGAGAUCGGCGGACAGGAGGAGAGUUCUGAGCUGGCAUUUGUCCGUUGGAAGACGCUGCGCAACGGUGGCCUGCCGAUUGAAAAUAUUGCGCGCUCUGAAGUAUCAAUGACUGUUGGCCUGCUUUCCAACACGGUUCCGGCGAAUUUCUGGGUCCUGUUUGGGCUCUACUCCCGCCCAGAACUACUGGAAGAAGUCCGCCAGGAAGUUGCGCAGAAAGCACUCUACACCUCUGACAACGUUCGGAUUCUGCAUAUCUCUACCCUGCAUGACGAUUGUCCCCUCCUUCUCUCGGUCUUUCAGAAAACAUUGCGUACACGGACAUGGACUUCUCCGUCACGCUUUGUUCCAGAUGACUUCCUUCUGACAGGUCAAUACUCUCUCUGGGCCGGCAGUGUAGCCAGUAUGCCCGAUGCGUCGGUAGGCCGGACUCCCAGACGCUUUCUAACGACAAAUGAAGACGCCCGUCGAGUAUGUGGGUUCAUGAUGUUUGGUGCGUCGCCCAUUUUGUGCCCAGGGCGCCACUUUGCCAGCGCUGAGAUUCUAGCAAAGGCCGCUACGACAGUCCUGCUGUACGACCUAACGCCUAUGGGUGGUGUGUGGAACGUGCCUAAGAUAAACACCAUGGCCAUCACGUCGGUUAUUCAGCCGCUGAAGGGAGGAUAUGAAGUGACAGUGUCACCAAGAAAGGAGUACGAGGGCACCCAGUGGGCCUGCACGGUUCGAGAGGGCAAUGGAAUGUUCAAUUUGAUGGUUCGAUAG